CUUCGUGUGACAAGCUCCGGUUUCUUUUUAAAGUCAGUUCACCCAGCCUCCUGCUGCCUGGGACACCUUUGGAGUGAGUGCCACACUUCAGGCUGACCAUGGGGACUCCUGCCCACGCCGCCAUAAUGAGAUGGCUGUUCUGUGUGUCCCUGGUGUGUUCCCUGGCAAUGGAACAACUGCAGAAAGACCCUGCCCUGGACCACCACUGGCAUCUCUGGAAGAAAGUCCACGGCAAACAAUACAAGGAGAAGAAUGAAGAAGAAGUACGACGUCUCAUCUGGGAAAAGAAUCUGAAGUUUGUGAUGCUUCACAAUCUGGAACAUUCUAUGGGAAUGCACUCAUAUGAUCUGGGCAUGAACCAUCUGGGGGACAUGACCAGUGAAGAAGUCACAUCUCUGAUGAGCUCCCUGAGAGUUCCCAGCCAGUGGCAGACAAAUGGCACCUACAAGUCGAACCCUAACCAGAGACUGCCUGAUUCUCUGGACUGGCGAGAGAAGGGGUGUGUCACGGAAGUGAAAUACCAGGGUUCCUGUGGGUCCUGCUGGGCUUUCAGCGCCGUGGGGGCCCUCGAAGCGCAGCUGAAGCUGAAAACAGGGAAGCUGGUGUCUCUCAGCGCACAGAACCUGGUGGAUUGCUCAACCGAAGCAAAAUACAGGAACAAAGGCUGCCAGGGUGGCUUCAUGACCGAGGCCUUCCAGUACAUCAUCGAUAAUGGCGGCAUCGAAUCGGACGCUUCCUACCCCUACAAAGCCAUGGAUGAAAAGUGUCACUAUGACUCAAAAAACCGAGCGGCCACAUGUUCCAGGUACAUCGAGCUGCCCUUCGGCGAUGAAGAGGCACUCAAGGAAGCAGUGGCUACUAAAGGGCCUGUGUCUGUGGCCAUCGAUGCCAGCCAUCCUUCCUUCUUCCUCUACAGAAGUGGUGUCUACGACGACCCCUCCUGUACUGGUACUGUCAAUCAUGGUGUCCUAGUGGUUGGCUAUGGGAACCUCGAUGGGAAAGACUACUGGCUUGUGAAAAACAGCUGGGGCCUUUACUUUGGUGAUCAAGGAUAUAUUCGGAUGUCAAGAAAUAAUAAAAAUCAUUGUGGGAUUGCUUCUUAUUGCUCUUACCCAGAAAUCUAAAUGAUGUCUUCUUCUUCUUCUAACAAGUCAUGAAGAUGAAAUACACUCUAACUUAAUUUCACCUGUUCUGUCCAGAAGAAACAAAUGUGUCAUGACCAAUGUCUAUUUAAUGUAUUAACUAGGUUAUAGUUUGUUUGCUUGAUAACUUUAUCUCUCUGAAAAGUCUGUAAACAAGUUAAGAAUGUACUAUAGAUGGAACUCUGUCAGAGUCUGUCCCCAGGAUAUUCGUGUUUGCUCUUUCUACAUCUUACAUGCUGUCAUCUUUAUGUUUAUAACAUAAUAUCCCUAAAGAGCUUAAUAAAUCUGUCAUUUCAAAUCUC